CCAGCCCGCUCGGGGGUCCGCAAGCGAUCGCAGCAUGGGACGCUGAUUCUGCAAUUGUCCGACACAUCCUCCGGGUUACCUGCAUCCCUGCUGUGCGGGUAUAUGGAAGGCCUCCAGAAGGUUCCGAUCCCUCGAAUGAUGGCUAGGCCUACGGCUGCACCGGCCAAUCCUCCCACACGACCUCCGUCUGAGACCGUAUACGAAAGCACGCCUAUCACAUCACCACGCUCACUACGACAACUGUCGAUAUUCCUUAUCGGGGGCGCUUGUCUUCUCGCAUCAACGGCAAUAACACGAAAGGCUGUUUGGCGGCGGCAGCUCCGAGUCAAGCCCAAGUUCUACGAAGCCAACACGAACCCUCACGAGUUCUUCAGUCCCUUCCAGGACGCUUGUCAGGCCCUAAAUAUGGCCACGAUGAACUGCGUCAGCGUCGGGAUCAUGGCGCUGGGUGGUACCAUGUGGGCCUUCGAUAUCGCCAACCUGAAAGAGGCUCAAACGAGUCUUAGGAGCCGCUUGAACUACGAUAGUAUAUACAAGUCCGAUGACGCGGUCCCGCAAACAAUCAGUGAGAUGAUGAAGGCAUCACAGGAGAUGAGAAUACAAGAGGAAGGGGACAGCAAUAACAAAAUUCAAUAACGAU